AUGACGCUUAUACUUCCACUCGAAACUUUUCAGCUUAUCCUUAAAGAUCCAUUUAGUUUAUUUACAUCAAAUAAGGAUGUCAAAAGUUAUCCUAUUCUUCUUUCAAAUCUCCCUUUGGAAAUAAAGACAGAUUUAAAACUUGAAAAUAUUCCAAAAUACACUACUUUCGACUAUGGAUGGUUUAUUCAAAAACUUGAUAUUUAUGCCUUAUUCACCGCCGAUAAAGCACAAAACGAAAUAACAAGAUGUGUUAAAGCAAUUUAUGAAAUGAUCCUUACAAGAACAAAGGGACUGGAAAAACUAAAUAUUAUAAGUUCUAAUAGGUUGGAUUCGAUGUGUUAUUAUUUUAUGAAUAAUAUUUUCAAAAAUCUUUUCACAUUACAAGAAGCACAAAUCUCUUAUAGUAAAAUCACAAAGAUGAAUCUUGAUGGUAGUUUUAACUUUCCUUUCACUGAAUUAUCAAAUUUUACAGAAAAUAUCAUGGAACAUACUAUUAAAUAUGAUUUGUAA